CCCGUCUUCUCAGUCCCCCUGUCUGUUCUCUAGUUGUUCGCUGCAGAUUUCUCGAUUAACUUGUUUUCAAGUUUUAACUAUAACUAGGGUUCUAGUUCCGAAUUCAUGUGGAAAUAAAAUCAGGGGGAAAAAAAAAAGAGAGAGGAAGAGAAAUGGCAUUUUGGAGGCGAGUCAGGCGAUCUCAAAUCGAUACCAAAUUGUGGAACCAAUUCUCAAGGUCCUACCUUCAGAUUCACAGUCCUAUUUCAGCCAAUCGUACCAAGAUUUCAGUUUUGCACUCUCCGAGCUCACCUGGCCACACACCUCAACUCGACUUGCCUACCAAUGUCAGAUGCUUCGCUGCUCCGGUUCAGUUCAUGAAAAAGAAGGAAGAGAAGCACGCCGACGGGCCGAGAUUGAAUGAGCAAGUCACCGCCGAUGUUAUUCGACUCGUCACUGACGAAGGCCACUCUGUUGUAUCAAGGUAUGAAGCACUAAAGCGUGCGAGGAGUUUGGAGCUUGAUUUGGUGGAGGUUCAACGAAAUGCCAAGCCUCCUGUGUGCAAACUUAUGGACUACUACAAAGAAAAAUAUAAACAAGAGUUAAAGGAAAAAGAACGCUCCAAACAAAGGUCUAAAGUUAGUUUACGCAACGGAGGCUGCAAAGAAGUUCGAUUUGCUGCUAAAAUUACACCCAAUGACUUACAAAUUAAAGCGGACAUGGCAAAGAGACUAAUGGAGAGCGGCUAUCGUGUCAAGUGUGUAGCUAUUGGUAAUGUGGAUAAGGGUGAGGACUCUGCAACAUUGUUUUCUCGAUUCUCUGCUUUGAUUGAAGAUAUAUCUGUUGUUGAAACUGAUACCCGAGUGGAGGAAAAGGAUCAGGCACAUGUUAUUAUGAGGCAUGUUAAGUAUGGUCCAUUAAAAAAAGGCUCAUUAAAGAGAGCAUCUAUGGACAAGAAAGCAGCAAGUGCUAGUGUUCAAGAGGUGGAAGGUGAUGAUGACGUUCUUUCUGAAGAAAGAGAUGAUGUUGAGCAAAAGGAAAUAUCUGGCUGGACAACAGCUAAUGCAGAUGAUGAUUUUGAUGAACUUUUUGACCUCAACGACAAUGCAGAUGGGGUUUCUAAGAGUUCAAGGAGUGAGAAAUUCUCAAUUGCACGUGAACCAUCGAGCUCAUCAGAAGGUGGUUCUUCACAUUAUCCACGACCUGGUGGGAGAGACACAUUGCAGUCAGGACCCCAGUUUCCUGAUAGGGUAAGGCAACCACCAUUGAAUAUGAAUGCAUCGCCCCAAAGAAGAAAAACUGAAGGUGUCAAUCAUGCGUAUCCUGCAUCUACAAACUCCAGGAACCACGGACAAAAUUUUGCUCCAAAUAAUCCUGAUCCCCAGGGCCCAAGUUAUGGUGUCUUCAGAGCUCGACAAGGCAAUGACGCUCAUGGGAAACAGAAUGCACCAGCAGAAGUUAAUAGAUACAAGCAGAGGAAUGCACCUGAUAGCAGGAGGAAUUCCAGCCCUCCAAGGGCGGCCGGGCAUCAGAAUGGACCCAUGUCUAACUUCAAAUUUGGCAGGGAGCAAGCUGUUAAUAGGGACGAGCAAGGUAGAUGGGGUGUAUUUAGUGGGGAAAGCACAAACGUUAUACCAAACAGGACUUUUGAUGGCCAAGCUAAGGUGCAAAGAUAAAAGCCUCGUGGAUCACUUGGUAUUUGAAACACUAGUAUUCGUAUUGAGAAUUCAUACAGCAAUGGUUUUUCCCUGAGAAGUCAUACAGGAAUAUAUUUAUUCAUCAGGCCUGGUUUCUGUUCAGCAGCUCUCGAGAAAUUUCCGGUUGUGUGCUGGAAAUUUGUUCAUCCUUCUCGCAAGGGAGAAAUAACACGUUCAUGUGUUUGCUCUGCAACAUUCCUCGUCUGAAAGGAAUGUAUUAGCAUUUUACUGACAGGUGAAGCAAGCAAUCAGAAGGUCCAUCUGGUCCCAAUUUCCUCUUU